ACCAGUACAAUAAGAAACCCAAAAACAAGGAAAAACAAAGACAGACGUAAGAGCUAUGUCGCAGGGGGAGGUUAGGGUAGCUGCAAGUGGAAGGAGGGCAUGCAUCUUUUACAGGUUGAUGGUGGACUCCCUCAUCCAUGAGAAGCAACUGGGGAUUCCAAAAAAGUUUGCUCGGAAGUAUGGGGACGAACUUUCUGACAUCGUUAGGCUCGUCGCUUCCGAUUCUAGUAUCUGGCUAGUCGAGUUAAGAAAACAUAACCGCAGAUUAUGGUUCCAUGAUGGUUGGCAGAGAUUCCUGGAGCACCAUUCCAUUCAUUCCGGUCAGUUUCUGAUUUUCAAGUAUGAAGGGGACUCCACAUUUCAUGUUUACAUAUAUAAUCUGACUGCUUCCUGGGAGAAGAAUUCUCUCAAUCCUCUUGGUAGCAAAGAAUUUAUUUCGAGUAAGCAAUUUGCAACGCAUAGGAAGAAAAAUCAAGACAUUGGCGAUGUUGUCGAAAUUAGAGACCUUUGCUGUGCAUGCCCGAUUUGUAGCUGUUCAAAGGACAAGUGUUUCCAUGAAUAUCGGGGUCAGCGAAUGACAAACAGGAUUCAUGUUGGUGUCAACAUCAUCAAGCCCGAGCCCAAAACUGAUUGGGAGGUCUUCCAUCGGGACAAGGGGGUACAAGUCGAUGGAGUUGAGCUCCAAAGUACAUUCGAUGGAGUCGGGAUAGAUUGGUUGUCUCAGAGAAACAGAUACCUGAAAAGGAGAAAGCAAAUAAAUGAAUCUAAUGCAGAUGAAAGUGAGCCGUCAGUGUUGAGGAAAAAUGGUGAUGAACUGCCUCCGGUUAAGUCAUCCUAUGGAAAAUCUUCGAGGGAGUGGAAUGCUGCAAUCACUGAGGCAAGAGGCAUGGCUAUCCGUGCAUCUCACAUGUAUGAGCCCAAUAAUCCUUUCUUCCGAGUAAUCAUGCGACCAUCUUAUGUGAGAGAGAAAUUUCUUGUGCUCUUUUUUCCCCCUCAUGAACAGAAUCUGCCAACCUCUUUUGUUGGGAUGCAUCUAAAGGGAGACUCCAGAGACAUCACUCUUCAGGUUUCUGAUGGGAAGAAGUGGCGCGUUCGAUGCCUUCUCUUCGAUGGCAAAGGCAAGAUAAGCAGAGGUUGGCGUGAGUUUGUGGCGGACAAUAAACUGGAGAUAGGAGAUGUCUGCAUCUUCGAAAUGGUUCGUAGAGAAGACAUUGUGCUUAAAGUAACCAUAUUUCGGGUUCCUGAGAUUGGGUUGGGGCCUACUGUCGCCGCAUCCUAUUCAGUAGGAAGCUCUUCGGGGAAGCUGAUGUUUAAUAGUUCACAGGAGUCGGCUGAAUGUCUAUCCUUCUGAGGCACUUCCGGAGCUAGAUUUUGACAAACCUUUUAUGUACAGCGGGACUAAUUUUUGCUAGUUAAAGUGGAUGGCAAUGCUCUGCUUGUCUACUGUGACCGGUUGGCACUCAAUGCCCUCAGGGAGUAUAGCAUUUUGUAGCAUAUAACGGUGGUAUGUUUCAUGGACCAAAACUCCGCCGUGAUUUUCUGGUCAAGAACACUUGGGUUGUGGAUGUCUGCAAUGGCAUUAUGCAUAGAAUGACUGUUAAGCAUGUCUAGCUUCCUCCAUCGCACAACGCGGGCUGUUGUAAUUUGCAUAUACCACGUGACGAACUGAUUAUGUAUUUUGCUAAGACGAUUAAAUGGCCAGCGGCGCUUGAUCC